GAUGACAAGCCCCUGGCAACAACCCCUUGGCUGCAGCCGGUUGUUGAACUUGGAAUCCAUACAUUUCAGGCGAGAAGCCUAUUCAUUACUUGAGUUUUUAAGUUAGUUUGUUCAAGUCAUGUACAGAUUACAUCUCAAAGAAAGAUUUCAUUAAGAAAUGCAGUAAUUAUAGGAAACUUUGUACUUUUACAUUCACAGUUUGUGUAAAACUUCUUACCUUGAUAAGCAAGAACAGGAUUAGAUUUUCAGAGAUGUUGCUAAUGGAAGUGCAAGUUAGGAAAAUUUAUUUUACUGAAAAUAAAACGAGAAUAAUACUUGUUUGAUUAUUCACACAGGCUGCAGUAUCUGUCAACCAGAGCUCUUCAAGUCAUAAACUCCAGUUUGUCAUUGGUGAUCACGUCUUGCCGUACAAUAUGACCGUUUACCAAGCUAUUAGACAGUUCUCCUCACCAUCUGAUGCCAGUGCCUCUGAAGCAGACACUGAUACAGAAACCCCCAUCUCACAUUCAGCCAUAUGGCUUCAAACCCAUACAAUUUAUUAUAGACCUGUACAAGAGGAGGAGCAAAGUCGAAGUUCAGGAGGAAGGAAGGGCAAGGCUGGAGGUUCAAAACCCAGCCCAAAGAAAAAAGCAGAUGCCCAUGUUGGAGAUGGUAGUAUUGUGGGAGGAAACAAUAGUGUUCUGGACCAGUACCUGACUGCUAGCCUACCAGCCAGUGUGACUGUAAGUGACCCGAGCUUAGAAGUGCUGGCAUUGUUGCGAGUUCUCCACGCUCUCAACCGCCAUUAUGGUGCCCUCUACCCCCCAGCCACUUACCCGUCCCCACUACCAACUGCUGAGUUCACAAACCUGAAACUGACAGCCAAAGCAAAUCGGCAGUUGCAGGACCCUCUGGUGAUAAUGACUGGCAAUGUACCACCGUGGUUGCCUCAGAUUGCUUAUGCAUGUCCUUUCCUGUUUCCAUUUGAGACUCGACAAUUACUGUUUUAUGCAGUGUCCUUUGAUCGGGACCGAGCUUUACAACGACUUAUGGACUCUUCUCCUGAGCUCAACUCUGUGGAUAGUAGUGAAAGAGUAACCCCAAGACUUGAAAGACGUAAGAGAACUGUCUCUCGUGAUGAUAUUCUCAAGCAGGCAGAGGCUGUGAUUAGUGAACUGGCUUCUUCAAGGGCCAUGCUAGAAAUUCAGUAUGAAAAUGAAGUUGGUACAGGCCUAGGACCUACUUUAGAAUUUUACGCUCUUGUAUCCAAAGAACUCCAGAAAGCUGAUCUAGAGCUUUGGCGGGGUGAAACAGUGACAGUGGAAGAAAGAACUGAAGAAAAUAGAGGAAAGGCAGUGAAAUACGUGAAUGCCAGUCAAGGCUUAUACCCAAUGCCUGUACCCAGAAACAUGAAAUCUGCCCAAAUGACUAAGUUAAGAGCAAAGUUCAGAUUCCUUGGAAAGUUCAUGGCUAAAGCUGUUAUGGAUUCCAGAAUGAUGGGAGGACAGUUGCCAGAAGUCACCAAAGUCGGUGACAUUGAGAGAUUUCUGAUACCAUCAUUGAUAGUUAAAGUGGUUCACCUUGAAAGGCACACCAAGGACUGA